AACCAAUUUGAAAAAAAGAAAAGAAACAAAAUCGCUUCUUGGCUUGCCCUAGGGUUCUCUCUCUCUCUCUCUCAGUUGUCAUUCAUUGAUCCAUCUCUGAUCUCUCUGAGAAGCAAUGGCGGAUUGGGGGCCGGUGGUGAUAGCGGUGGUGCUGUUCGUGUUGCUGACGCCGGGAUUGCUGUUCCAGCUGCCGGGGAAUGGGAGGUUGGUGGAGUUCGGCAACUUCCAGACGAGUGGGAUCUCCAUACUGGUCCACACCAUCAUCUACUUCGGUCUGAUCACCAUCUUCCUCAUCGCCAUUGGAGUCCAUAUCUAUACUGGCUAAACAUGAAAACCCCCCCUUUUCCAAAAAAAAAAACCUAUCUUUUUAUGAUGCUCUUUUACUUAUUUAUAUAUAUAUCUUCUCAUGGGUUAUUAGUUGUUUUUUGAUGUUAUAUGUGAUGAUGAUGAAGAAGUUUGAUCUUGGGAUGUU